AUGGGCCUCCCCCUCUUCCAUGCCCCUGUCGAGUCUGACAUCGCUUCCAAAUCCGCCUCCAGGAACCCUGCAGAUCCUGCCAACACGCGAUCGCCUAUUCGUCGCGCUGAGCGUAGGCGUCAGCUGCUUGAGACGAGAACACACCGCCUCCACCUGCUUCAUGCCCUUCAGAGUGGUGGCAAUGAUGGCAACGAAGGCACCACCACCGAGCGCGAGCGAGAGCGCGAGCGCGUACAAUCAGAGCCGCGCCCACGACAACCUGAAGUGAUGCGGUCCAGCGACGGUGCUACUAUUGACCAUGCCAGACGAUAUGAUCUUUGGAACAGUAUUGAUCAUGACAUGGGCGACGAUGGAUCCUUGUCACAAUGGGAGGAUUCCUUGGCGCGCUGGGAAGAGCGCGAGGCUAGACGAGCCGGCCAUCCUCUUCAAACAACUGCCCUUCCUGGGCCAGAGGGCUUGAUUGCCGGGGAGAGCUACAUGCGAAGCGAUUAUCUUCGGCCAGAUGGUACCAUGGAUCUGGAUUCUCGCCUUUGGUCUGACCACAGAAGAUCUGCCAGCCGCGAGGGAAGUGUGCCUCACCGCUCCCGUGAUUUACCCUACAUCCCUGGCCGGCUUCGGCCUCCUGUACUUCAUCGCCAAAGCAGCUACGAGUCAGCUGCUGCGAGUCGUUCUUCCCGAGCUAGAAACCCCGACCCGGGCGAGUAUCUCAACGAGUACCGCCGACGCCGCAAUCUUCCCGAUGCUGCUCCCAGGAUGAGACCACGCCGGCUUGGCCGUUAUGUCAGGUACAUGGACGGACUUGGAGACCGAGAACGAAGCCCGGAGGACGACAGUGCAUGGGAUACUCUCCAGUCAUCUAUCACGCCUGAUCCGCAGCCCCCGAGCGUGGGAUCGUCCUUUGCUUCGACCACUGUCUCAGGUGCAGCCUCUCAAGUAACUGCUAGCUCAACCAACACGUCGGUUACCACUCCCAUCGAGGAGGUUGAGCCUCCUUGUGAUCCAGUCGAUCCGGCGGAUCUAAACGCGGAAAGUGAUGAUGACGAGGACAGGGAAGUGGAAGAUAUGCGAGUUCAGCCCUCAAGGCGCCCCACACCGCAUGGUGGACGGCGGUCUUACGCCGAUGUGACAGCUGAUUUGCUACCGGCGGCAGAGGAUGACGGGAUGGAUAGAUUGGAAUGGUUAUCACAGAUGCAGCACAUUGUCUCAGGCUUGGCUUCUCGUCAGGACAUCCCAGACCAGUGGUGGGCUUCAGUUGGACUCACACGUUCCAUGACACAGGAAUGA